UUUAACCGUUGUCGGACGAAAGGCCUAUUCACUCCUGAAAUAUCUGGCUUAUCCUCAGCUACUGUCGAAAUCGUCUUAUUAAAAUUUGAAGGACCUUCUUUUGUCGCAUUUAUUACCGGAAAGUUUCGUGGUUGCCUGAAGGGUAAAGUUCAACUUACUGAUGCGUCAAUCUGUUCGCGAUUUCAUCCUCCAACUUCAGUCGCAUGCCUCCUCUUGUGCAUUUGAGGAUAAGCUUGAUGAAUACCUGAGUGAUCGCCUGAUUGCUGGCAUAAAUACUCCCGAUUUAUAUCGUCAGCUCUUAUCACUUCCAGAACUGACUUAUAAUCAAGUGAAGUCCAGCUGUUUACAAUAUCGGGAUGUUUCUGACAUUACAAAAUUCCAGGCGACUGCUGUUGACCAACAAGUUUUGUUGGGCUCAACCAAGCGCCGAGAAAACAGUGGCUACGUAACGCAUUUAAACCUCACGGCAUUGCUCAAUCGUACGCCCUGA